AUGCUACAAAAGAGUGGGAACCGCAUAUUUGGCGCCUGGAAUGAGCUGUGUUUGCACAGGAGCAUGCAGCCAGCCAUGCCGUCUCCCGGCAGUGGCUCAGGGGAGCGGCUGGGGGCCACAGGAGAGGCAAAGAGAGGUAGCUUAGGCAGCAGGUACCUGAAAGCGCUCAGGGAGAUGGCCAAGCCCUCAUCGUACAGCCAGAGCUGGUCACGAGGCACGUCGUCCAUUGUUCUGCCCUGGGCCUCGGGCACCCACCCCCAGCAGCGGCCCCAUCAGCACAGACAGGAAGUGCACCUUGCCGGUGAGCAGGUUUUACUACAAUCCUCGCUUUCAGAUGAAGACACUGAACUCCAGUCUGAUAGCCAGGAGGCAGCCAGGUCAGGACUGGAAUGCAAGCAGGCUGACCCCAGUCACAGGCAAGGUGCGCCUGCAGUCACCCCAGUGCCUUUGAGGUGCCAGUACGGUGUGGAGGGGGAAACCCAUGCAGUGCAGCCAUCACGUGCGGAAGGUGAGACCCAUGCAGUGCAGCCAUCACGUGCGGAGGAGGGUGAGACCCAUGCAGUGCAGCCAUCACGUGCGGAGGAGGGUGAGACCCAUGCAGUGCAGCCAUCACGUGCGGAGGAGGGUGAGACCCAUGCAGUGCAGCCAUCACGUGCGGAGGAGGGUGAGACCCAUGCAGUGCAGCCAUCACGUGCGGAGGAGGGUGAGACCCAUACAGUGCAGCCAUCACGUGCGGAGGAGGGUGAGACCCAUGCAGUGCAGCCAUCACGUGCCACCGCGUUGAAAUUCUUUCCUGAGGAUGGGCGUGCAUUCGAUUACAGGCCUUACAGAGGGUGGGAAGGUAAAGGUGGAAGGCAGGGAGUGACAGAACGUGAUUCACUUCUUCUUGCAACCGAAGGGUGCUCGUAUGUGCAACAGGACGACCAUGCACGCUUCUGCCUGGACCUUUCUGCCUUAGGCUGCAGUAACUCGCUGAGCGCUGGGUGUCCUGGGCCCCGGGAUGCCCCCCGCAGGAGUAUAGAGUUGCCUGUGUGUGCAGUGGUGGGGGCUUUCUGUACUCGAUGCUCCGUCUCUGUGAAAGAUGAGGUCUGCAUGUCCCACAAGAUAUCUUCAGAAGCACAGAGAUUUGCUGUGCUUGUCCAAGAAAGCGCCCUAUGUGUCCAGAGUGGCCGAGGCAGGACCUCUCCCACAGCCUGGCACCAGGUCCUGGCAGGAAGCAGCUCAGCCUGAAGAACUCAAGACGAAGAGAGGCUCAUCAAGACCAGGCAAGAGAAGCAGCAGUGGGUGUCAGAGCAACCGGACUGGGGGGCUCCCUCCAGCCCCUGAGGCUGAGGGGCAGGGCUGGGCGAUGGUAGCACCUGAGCCCCUUAGGACCUGAACCCUGGAGGGAGCCAGCAGGCCCUGGGCAAGGCAGGCCUUAAGAAAUGCAGCGAGGGAGAGUCUGUGUGGGGUGGCCUGAGUGGUGGGCACGGAGCGGGGUGGUUGCCUUUCACGCAGGCAGCCCUGGCCCUCAGCCGUGGGUGGGGCUGGCACCUCAGUGAUUGGAUGGAGGAAGUGCUACCAGCUUCUGAGAAGCAUCUGAGUGUCAACAAGCUGACACUAAAAGGGGGUCUGAGUGGGGAGUCUGCUCUCCUACACAGUGUGCUCCAGAAAUGUGCUAUUUGGAGCUUUGCCUGUGACCCCCUGCUUUCGAAGCAUUCCUGCCCAUGUGCCCCACUGAUCUCUGCUUUUCCUGGCAGCCUGUCUGGAGAACCGACCCCUCCCAGGGAAGGUCAUCUGUGUUGUGGGCGUGGGAGCAUUUGCUAUGAACUGUGUCCUCGUAAGAGACCCCCAUGAAGAGGGGUGGCCUCAUCUGCGGCCCCAUCAGCCGCUGUGCCCACAGCCCACGGUGAGAGCAAGGUUGGCACCACACAGAUUGCCAUGAGGGAAAGGAAUAUUUAAUCUGGGCAGCCUCUGUUUGGAGGAGGUGGGGAGAAAAGGCAGUCACUCCGGAACAUUCCGUGAACAGAGUGGAGCCUCGAAGCCUGGAGCACAGGCAGGGAGUUGCACAGGACCCACUCUGUGGAGAGUGCGCCAGGCGGGGAGGCCCACAGGGGCUGCUCGGUGGGGGGUACCCUGGGCGGGAAGGGGGAUCUGGGAGGAGGGGUGAGGGCACCGGGGCAUGAAUGGCCUGCAGGUAGAGGCCCAGAACUGGCAUGGCCUUGGCAUCACACUUGCAAACGCUGAGGACCUGUGCUGGGGAGACCAGAGACUAGAAGGCAGGAAGGGCUGGUUUCCAGGUGCCUGCCCAGGAAGCUCCUGUGCUGUGAGCUGUGGGCGGCUGUGGAAGGCCCUGGGGCUUGAUUUAGGCCUGGUGAGGCUGGGCUGGCGGCUGCGAGGGAAGAGCAGUCAGGAGCAGGCAGGAACCACCGCCUGGACUGGACGCCUCAGGGACCUCUCCAUAGAAGAAUUGAACAAAUGAGGCGACGAUGUGGGGGCCAUCGCCAUCCUCUCCUUGUUGUGACUGGCUGUGGUGGUUUGGGUUCUCCAGAAGCGGAAGCAGCAUUGGGGUGCAAACGGCACACUGGGGGGUUUACACCUGUGACAAGAGCAGGAGGCCGCUGGGGCCUCCAGCUACAGCUCGGUCUCACCUCCUCUCCACCAGCCCCAUGGGCGCUGCCAGCAGGGACUGCCCUUCUGAGGAGCCAGGGUUGGGGAAGGGUGCAGAGAUGCCCGGCCCUGUGCCCCAACCUCACCUGGGUGUGACCAGAGUAGCACGUACCGCCAGAAGACGGUGGAGCUCGGGGGCACCCACCAUGCUGUCAAACUACCUCUACUGCAGAAACAAAAGACAACCACAGUGCUCCUCUGCUUAGCGAUAUGAUCUGAUUGAAAUAUUUGUCAUGCAGCAUGCCCUCUUUCUGUGCCAAGAAUCGCCACGUGCAUAUCCCUUUUUUACUGUAAUAUUUAUUUUCUUGGGUUUUUUUUACUGGUAUGAUAAAUAUAAAAUUCAAUAAAAGUUUUACUGCAUGCAUUUUUUUCUGUCCCUUAUUUAUUUUAUCCCAUGAUUAUUAAUGAUUGUCAUAUAGAAGGGUGUCAUUAAUCAGAUUUCCCUGACGCCUGACACUUGCCAACUGGUUCCAUUUCAUUUUUUCUACAGAAACAGAAGUGAAAAGGUCUUGAAAAUUAUCUGACUUUUCACAGCUUCUUUCAUUC